GUAACGAGAUGGCGCUGCUGAGUGGUCUGUGCGACGCGAACCAGAAGGCCCUUCAGAAAUGCAAGCAGGUGCUGUACGUGAUGCACUCCGAGUCCAGCAUCCGGGAGAGGCUCAAGAUCUGCCGGAACACAGGCGGUGCUCUACAGGUGGAGUGGAUGUUCCUCAUCACCAGCAGCUCGCUGACGCUCCCAGACAAGCCGCGCAUCCACUUCGAAGGAACAUCCAACGGCGAGUUCGUGGGGCCCGUGGCAUGGGCACCUUUCGACUCCUCCGACACGCGGUGCCUUCCCCAGGCCAUCAAGAAGACUGUGAUCACAAAAACCAACGUGGUUCUCGCAGGGGGCUCGACCUACGCCCCUGACACUACCACCGACGAGAAGAAGGAAUCGGAGAAGGAGAUCGCCUUCAUUCGCUCCUUGAAGAAGGAGAGCGAGCCUGUUUUCUUUCACGCUACGCCGGCAAAGUUGUGGGAAGAGAUCUUGCGCUGCCACAACGUCAAGGCGGUGGUGGACCUGACCCCUGCAGAUGGGGCGAGGGCUCUGGCAGCCAUCCGCGCCCGCAUUCCUUACGUCGGGGUGGCCUUCAACACUGCCCAUCGCGAUCAGCUCUUGAUGCACAUCGACAACACCGCGCUGAAGAUGUUCCAGGUCGAGGGCGACAAGCUUUACCAGCCAGCGUUCGCCGAGCUCUUGAAGGACAGCCCCGUCGAGGAAGCUGGAGCAGAUGAGACGAACAAGAAGACCUCUGCUGGCAAGUGCAAGCGCGAGACAGCUCAGAAUGGCCAGAAAGAAGAUCCCAAGCAGGCUGCAGCUGGUGGCCAGUCCGGUGGGGGUUCCGAUGACGCCAAGAAAGCGUUGCUCGCAAGGAUCGCGUCCCUGUCCAAGGGCAAGGCCGACGCCGCGGCGGGCGGCUCCAAGGGCGGCAAGCGCCAGAAGAAGGAGGCGAACGCGGAUGAGGAGAUGGACGAGGAUGGCAUCGACGAGCUCGAUGAUGAUAUGGGUGAGGCUUGA